CCUAUUUAGUUGCUAUUGUCAUUUGCUUCUCUGGAGCAUUCUUUCCAAGAAUGGACAGGAACCCCUUGCGUAGGCAGCUUCAGAUCAUGAGGAAAUCAUUUUUUGACCAGGGAUAUCUUGAUGAACAAUUCGUGCAGUUGGAAGAACUCCAAGACGAAGCGAACCCAAAUUUCGUAGAAGAAGUUGUCACCUUAUACUACCGAGACUCAGCCAGAUUAAUCCUCAGCAUAGAGCAGGCACUGGAGAGGAAGCCUUUUGAUUUUAACAAGCUGGAUGCCCAUAUGCACCAGUUCAAAGGAAGCAGUUCAAGCAUUGGAGCCAAAAAGGUGAAAGCUGAGAGCACACAGUUUAGGGAAUAUUGCAAAUCUAGAAAUAGAGAAGGAUGCACGAGGUGUUUCCAACAACUGAAGAAAGAAUAUGCAACAUUGAGAAAGAAGCUUGAAGCUUAUUUUCAGCUGGCAAGACAAGCUGGGCCAAUGGAGACUGCAUGUCGCCCCAAAUAACAAAGAUAAUAUGAUCCAUGCAGAAAGGGUUGGUGAAUUUGUUAUCUGUUUGUAUGCCAAAAAUUCACCCCCUUUAUCAUUGUAGGCUUAGAGCUUGCCUGUAAGCU